GAGCUGAAAAUGACAUCACUCCUGUGGCUAUGGCGGCUCCAGCGAGCGUCUCUCCAAAACCUGCUUGUGAGAUCGUCAAUGUGUGACUGAUUGCUUUCAGGGCAUGGCAGGAGGGUGUGUUCGAUGUCCACAAUGCAGAACCCUUUUGUUGGUGCCCGCUCCAAACAUCUUCCUGCGAUGUGGCGUCUGCAGUAUGCUCAUGAGCAUUGGAGCUAAUGGCAGCCAGCAAGAAGUGAAAAGCGUCAUCUUCGAGGACAAUGUCAACAGGCCGUCGAGUGCUGAAAACCAGUCGCCGCCACGAACGCCCCUGCCCCUGUUAGGCCCAGGCCCAUUUCCUCCUAGGCAGUUUGCUGCACCCCCCCAACCAGCCAUACCUCAGACACCGGGGUUUGUACCCCCCCCACAGGCCCCCUUUCCUGCGGCGGUUCGAGUGCACCAGCCACUGCAAACUCAGGCAGUGAACCCCCAGAUUCCGCCAUCAGGGGUACCGUCUUUUCUAGCUCAAGACGGGCUUUCCCCCAAGAGAACCUUUACCCCCCCAGGAGCGCUCCCGCUAGCUCAGCCGGCUUUGCGGGGUGAAUCGGAGGAAAGUCAGUCGGCCCCCAACGACGUGAAUAAUCUGGCAAAGCGCCAGAGCCUGCCGUUGGAAACACGCCAAGCGACUGGGUCGGAGGAAUCUGUACCCGCAUUCUUUGGCGAAGGUGCACCAGCUCUGCCCGGUUCUUCCGUGCAGCAAACAAGGAGGAUCGGGGCAACUCAGGAAAGUUCCCCUCAGGAACGUUCCCCUCAAGAUCCACAAGGGAUUGAGGAUCAAGUAGAAGAGAGGGAACGCUUUGACACCGCAAAUAGCAACACCGAGGAAUCGGAGGGGACACCUUUUCUGGGGCCUUCAGGUGAACCCCAGGAGUACCCUCAGAGCGCUGCGCAGAGGCAUCCCUUCUCUGUGUAUAAAGACCCCCAAGCAAACGUCAUCAACGGCGAGGAGUCAUCCACAGGGGCUGCACACAGGAGCCUUUCUCGGGAACACGGUCAGAUCGGUUCGCCCAGACCGCCCCCAAUACAAGUUCCCCCCCCAGGUUCGAUAAACCUCGCCCUUGACUCUUUAGGCUCCCGGCCUAAGUCCGCCCACGGCUCGCGGAGCCCUCAGGCGGCCGUACCCCCAGAGGAGCCUCUCCUGGAAGCACCAAACCCGGCGACUCAGAUUCCUGCGGCACCGCCCCCCGACCCGGCAACGCAGCUGCUUAGGACCGUUUCCAUUUCCCGACCGUCCCCCCGGACUCCACCCCCCCCUGCACUGCAACCCCCGCCGCAGUCGCAGGGAGUCCCCAGCCAGCCGUCCCUUUCACGGCAGCCUUCCCGCGCGAUGGCGUACCCGGGGGGCGCCGCGCUGACCUUCACGUGCGCCAGCUGCAACAACGCGCAGAUGCUGCCGGGGGCGCUCCCCCCCGGGGUGCACAACAUGCGGUGCGGCACGUGUGGGAGCAUCAACGAGGUCCAGAUCGCAGCCCCCCCCGCUGCGAUGCCACCCCCCGCUCCUGCUGUACCACCCCCCCAACCAUAUGGCGGUCAGCAGGGGGGGGGUUAUGGGCAGCAGCCAGUGUUAAGUCCAGGGAGUCAGGGCGGGGGGUACGGGACACCGCCGAGCCCCCCGGCGCAGAAUAUGCAGUGUGGGGCGUGCAGGACGCUUAUGAGUUUACCCCCCUUGGAACCGGGGGUGCACCAGUUGCAGUGCGGGGCGUGCCGCGCAGUGAACUCGGUUCCCAUUCAAGCGCCAGCGAUGCAGCCGCCCCCUCAGCUUUCCUCCUAUCCCUCCGGCCACUACAACGGGCCCAACCGGCCAGGGUCCGGGUCAUCUCUCAAGGAGAAGCUGAAGAAGAACUUCAAGAAGCACAUGGAGUUCCAAAAGUCGGGGGGCAACGCGGCCGCGCUCUUCCACCGCCCGGGGUCGGGAAACCCUCAGCAAUGGGCCCCCCAACAAGCGCAGCCGGGGUAUCAGCCGCCCCCCCAACAGGGUUACCAGCAAACCCCCCCGCAGGGUUACCAGCAACCAAGCCCCCAGGAGUACCAGCAAACCACCCCUCAAGGGUUCCAGCAAACAUCUUCACAGGGUUACCCGCAAACCCCUGCUCAAGGGUACCAGCAGCCAUCUCCGCAAGGUUACGGGGAGACCUCCCCACAGGGUUACCAGCAAACCGCCCCUCAACAACCUGCAGCGCAGGUUUACCAGCAACCCGCCCCCCAGGUUUACCAGCAAACCUCCCCCCAGGGUUACCAGCAAACCGGGCAGCCUGGUUACAUGCAACCAAGUCAAGUAGUCUCGCCUCAGUCCCCCAAGCCGCCAACUCAGCCAAGUUACGAGCAAACCCCUCAGCCUGCCUACGCCCCUGCUGCAAAGUCCAUGUACCAGCCCCAAGCGCAGCCCGUCUCGCCGCCGGCUUGUCAGCCACCCCCUCAGCCAGCUCCACAAACGUUUCCCGAGCCAGUCGUCCAGUCGGUUUACUCGUCAGAGAGUCAGCCGACUCACCAGCCCGUGGCCGUGCAACCAGUUCACGUUCAGUCGCCCCCUCAAGCAGUUUCCCCCGCACUGGCCCCCACCGCGCAAACGGCGGAUGUCGCCCAACCUGUCAUACAUCAACCCCCAGCGGUUGUGAACCCUCUCCCCUCUUCCCCGGAACCGGGCCUAGACGCCUACCUCGAAGCGCAGCUCAAGAUCGCGCAGUCGCCCCCUUCGUCAGCAGGCAGUGCGCGUCGGCCCGGCUCGUUACCAUACAGCACGUCCAAUCUCAGCACCCAGUCUGCGGACGGCCAGGCUGCGAACCCGCUCGGACAGAGGGCAUCGUCCGACGGUCCGGGGGCGGGGGAAACAUUGAGGGGCAUCGCACAGGAGCAGAGGGCCCCCUCAAACGGGAAUCCUCAGGCCGCGUAUGCAAACCCCGCUCAAAACCCAACCGCUGGGUUCUCCCCUGACGGGAAUGACAAGCAGCUGUCUCCCCCUGCUCGCUCUCCCCCCCCGCGGCCUUUGCAGUCUCCGCCUCCGGGAAAAUUGCAGUCCUUCGCUUGGGAGUACGUCUCGCCCCCGGGGGGGCAGGCUCUCCCCUCGGAAAAUCUCCAGUCCCGCGCCUGGGAGUACGUCUCGCCCCCGGGGGGGCAAGCUCCGGUCGAGCCGCCACCGCCAAAUGUCAUGCCACCGGUGCCAGCCGCCCGCGUGAGCCCCCCCCCAGCCUUUGGCCCCGCUUCGGUUGCCCACUCCACGCCAGUUUUCCACUUUGACCGACCCACUCAACCCCCGCCAAUGUCCCCCCCUCCGCAACUCAACCAAGCCUCACCGUUUGUCAACUCGCAACCAGACCCCCGACACGAAGCAAACAUCAUCUCCCCUGGGGGGCCAACUCCGUACCUGCCGCAGGCCCCCCCUCCUCCGCUUCACGCUUUCACACCGCAGCCAGCGCCAGUUACCCCCCCUCAACGUGGAAUUUACUCCCAGUCUAGCGACCAGUCGUCCCUAACCUCCUUCUCUUCCGCCGGAACCGGGCCCGUUAACACCGCCCCCCAGCAGUGGCAGCCGGACCCCAUGCUGGCCCCCGCGGCAAUGUGGGUGAAUGGGCACCGGCUGACGGAGGAGCUGACGUCAGCGGCGGAGGUCCUGGCGGGGCCGAUCGAGCGGGGCGGGUUCUACUGGUACGACCCCUUGGCGGGCUUCUGGGGGGAGUACGGGAAGCCGUGCCAGGGGAUCCUGCCGCCGGGCAUUCCGGAGUUCGACUUUCCGCUGCCGCCCGACGCCGCGGGCGGCACCACCGGGAUCUACGUCAACGGGCGCCAGCUGGCAGCUCGUGACUUGGCGAUGCUGCGGCAGAGGAAGUUUCCGCAGAAGGAGCGGAAACGGUACACGCUGGACAUUGGGGGGACGCUUAAGGACGAGGAGACCGGGAAACUGGUGAUCGAGCUGGGCAAGCUGGCGCAGAGCGUGGAGGAGAGCGGCGUCGGGAAGGGCAUGAAGAAGGCGCAGUUUGCGCCGCCCCCGCCGCCAGUGCAGGCGAAGCCCAAAGGGAAGGGCUGGGGCGACCUGCGGACCAUGCUCCAAAAGUGACCGCAGGAGCGACUGCUGUCCGCACAAAUGUGGGUUUUUCCAUGCUGAGCUUAGGAGGUAAUGAAUCGGAGAGUUUUGGCGAGACGGAAUGUGGAAAAGCGCCCUCGUUCUGACAAACGGUGAUUGCGGAGUUGGAUCAGAGUUGUAUCUGCUGCAGUAUUUAUUCCGAGGACUGUCCUGAGCACCUUUCACGACCACCUCAUUUGGCAUAUGCGUCUUGGGGAGAAGACGCGUGAACCUUGUGGACUAUGCCAGUUUUUGGAUCGAACCCAUCAUUGAUAGCACGCCAAUCACUUGCCAUUGACGGAGAGAUAGCUAAUUGGUGCUCUUUCCAAUUGUUGAAGAGCUUCGUACGCAUGUGGCAGUGAGCUAGUUUUGAAAAUAUACACCGCUACUACAAAUGUAGGUAGGAAGAGCAGUCGGAGACGGACCAUGUUUUCACACUUUGCCGGAGGUGCGAACGACAGUUUGAAGGGC